AUGUGUAUUAAUGAUAAUAAGCGUUUCACAGAAGAAUUCUUGUGUAGAAUAGUUUAUCAAUUUGCAUUUGCUGUUAAAACUAUUGACCAUUAUGAUGGAGGUUUCCAGCUGGGUGAAAUAUUUUUAGAUGAUAAUUUCAGUGUGAAGUUGCAUAACUUUGAUGUAGUGAGUUGUGAUAAAAAAAAACCACACAACAUGUUUUCUCUUGGAGUUCUUUUGUACAAAUUAUGUUCUCUCAGAUAUAUUGAUAUCAACAGUGUUUCUGAAAAACAAUUGUUAGAUUUGAGGAGUACAUAUUCCAAAGAAAUGUUAUCUUUCAUAUCCAACCUGCUUCAAGAUUUUGGAGAGUUGAAAGAUAAUGUUGAUAAAAUACUAUGUCAUUCUACUAUACUCUUGAAAUCACAACAGUGGAAUAAAAUGCACUGUUUUGUUCAAACUGAUGAAACCACUAUAUCAUGUUCUACAACUUGUACAGCAAAUUGCAAUGAAGAAAAAAACUAUUUUAUAAGGAAACUAGAGAAGCUUAGAAAUAAGGAAGCAGCUUUACUAGUCAGAGAACAAAAACUUGCUGAGAGAGAACAUAGACUAUCUAAUAAAGAGAAAAAAAUUGCUCUUAUGGAAAAGACAGUUCAAGAAAAACUUCAGAAACUUGAAUUGUAUUUAAAACAUAGUCGUGAUACUAAAUUUAGCACCAGUGGAAGUUCAAAUUUAAAUUAUACAAAGCCCUCAAAGAAAACCCAACCCAGCUAUGACAACUUAGAUUCUACUUAUGUUAGUUGUGUAGAUUCUGUUGUGUGCCCUACAAGUAAAAAGCUCAAUGUGAAUGCAAUUGUCAAACCUGCUCCCUUCACAAGAACUCUAUCUGAAAGAAGAAUCCGAUUCAAGGGUUACAGUCCUUUGAAAGAUAUGGAUCUCAACAAAAGAAGGAGUAUAAGACUUGCCAAACCUAACAUAAAUAAAGAUAUUGAGAAUGCCAGUAAAUCUGAUUGGGUGACUUGUUCUGAAGAUAAUGCUAGUGUGGAUCUUAAGAAGAAAACAUUGAAUAAGAAAUGUAAGCAGCUCUUUCCAAAGACUGUUGCUGCAUAUGAAAAUGCAACUGAUAUCAAAUUAGAUACUCAACCUAAGCCACCAAAAUGGACAGAAGAAAAUAAAAAGUAUGCUUUCAAAUUACUUAGGUUAAUGAAUGAUGACAAAGAAAAUCAAAGUGUUGAAGUCAAACAUACAUAUUUAUAA